UAAAGCAGCAAAUGUUAAUUCAAAGGAAAAGAAUAGACUUCCUUCUGAUCCUACCAUCGAUAUGCAUCUCCUAAUUGAUUCUGUUCUUAUAGCAUCAGCGGCAUUACUUGCUUUAUCCGUCUCCUGGCAAGUUUGGAAGCUAAUCAAAUCACACAGAAAACUUCCAGGCCUGCCUCCAGGCCCCGGAGGCUUGCCGAUUGUUGGCUACUUGCCGUAUGUUAGACCAAACAUUCACAUCCAAUUCACAGAACUCGCUCAGAAAUAUGGUCCAAUCUACAAGCUCUGGCUUGGGAAGAAACUGUGCAUCGUGAUCAGCUCGCCGUCACUCAUAAAAGAGGUGCUACGUGAUCACGACACGAUCUUUGCCAACCGUGACAAAACUGUGACGACCCUCAUUGGCACUUACAAUGCCAAUGACGUGGGGUGGUCCCGAUACGGCCCUCAAUGGCGGACGUUGCGUAGACUGUUCGUGCGAGAGAUGCUGAGUGCUAAUAGUCUUGAUGGCUCCAGCAAUCUCCGGAGAGAUGAGGUUAGAAAGAACGUCAGAAGUGUCUGUUCCGAGAUUGGCAGGCCUGUCAAUAUAUGUGAACUAGCAUUUCAGAUAAAUCUCAACGUUGUGCUGGGGAUGACGUGGGGCAGCACGAUUGAAUUGGAGAAGAGGGAUAAAGUGGGGACUGAAUUCCUGCCACUGGUGGCAAGAAUUUCUGAGGUGAUGGGGAAGCCCAACAUCUCUGAUUACUUCCCAAUUCUUGCCAGGUUUGAUAUACAGGGAGUCGGGAAAGAAAUGACGCGCCUGAUGCAAAUUCUCGACAGGUUUCUUGAAAAUCUUAUAGACAAAAGUACGACUGUCUUAUCUGAUAGAGUGGAGAGUGGAACCAACAAGGGAAGGAAAGACUUUGUUCAAAUGCUAGUGGAGCUGAAGGAGAAGGACGACGGCGGUAAGAUGUCACUUACCAAGACACAAAUCAAAGCCAUGUUAGUCAACGUCAUAGUGGGCGGGACGCACACUUCAUCAACCACAGUGGAGUGGGUUAUGACAGAGCUGAUCAGCAAUCCAAACGUGAUGGAGAAGGUGCAGGAGGAAUUGAAACAAGUUGUGGGAUUGAACAAUAUGGUAGAAGAGGCUCAUAUCCCAAAACUCUUGUAUUUGGAUGCCGUUCUGAAGGAAACAUUGCGCUUGCACCCGACAGGACCCUUCUUAAGCCCAAGAACUCCAAGUGAAUUUUGUACGAUGGGCGAAUACACUAUCCCCAAGGAUUCUGCAAUCUUUCUGAACGUUUGGGCUAUUCAAAGGGACCCUACGGUCUGGGAUAAUCCAUUGGAAUUCAAGCCAGAGAGGUUUUUGGGUAACGACGGGAACUUGGAUUUCAGUGGGAAGAACUUUAAUUAUAUUCCUUUUGGAUCUGGGAGAAGGAUAUGUGCCGGCCUGCCGCUGGCGGAGAGAAUGUUGAGCUAUGUGUUAGCUUCACUUCUGCAUUCAUUUGACUGGAAGCUACCAGAUGGUGAAAAACUUGACAUGGAGGAUAAGUUUGGGAGUGUAUUAAGGAAGAAAAACCCGUUGUUUGCUAUUCCAUUUCCCAGGUUUACUGAUUCGAAUCUGUGCUUGUAACUUGGUGUUCGAAGCCAUUUACAAUAAUUGGAAGAUGAAUAAGACUCUGUAGUUGCCUA